CGCCUAUCCGUCUUUCAUUUCCCGCUCUGCUAAACCCUAACCCUCCCGGAAUGAAGCAGAAGCAACUGUCCACUGCCGAUCCAAGCGCCCACGCCGAUCCCAAGAAGCGAAGACGCGUCGGAUUCGCCACCAUCGAUGCCGGAGUUGAAGCCAAUGAUUGCUUCAAGAUUUACUUGGUUUCUAGCAAAGAAGAAGUGGGAACUUCAAAUGGUUACUGUAUUAGUCCGGUUGACUUGAACAACUUUUUUGAUGAAGAUGGGAAAAUAUAUGGUUACCAAGGGCUGAAGAUAACAGUCUGGAUUAGCAUUAUGUCUUUUCAUGCAUAUGCUGAUAUUACAUUUGAGGGAAACUCUGAUGGUGGCAAAGGGAUUACAGAUUUGAAACCUGCUCUUCAGAGUAUUUUUGGUGAAACUCUUGUUGAGACUAAAGAUGACCUCCUUCAAACUUUUUCAACAGAGAGUCAUUUCAUUAGUUCAGUUGUCUCGAAUGGGGAGAAUUUGCACUACAACGCCUUCAAUGGAGACAUCAAUUGUAAUAGUAGUCUAGAAGCAACUGCUUCUAAUGUGGAGGUUGUUCGGGUUGUGGUAGGCAAUUUAGCUGCUGGACAUCUUUACAGUCGCUUGGUACCUCUGGUUCUUCUUCUGGUUGAUGGGAGCAACCCUAUUGAUGUUACCGAUCCAAGUUGGGAGUUGUAUCUCUUGAUACAGAAGAAUGUAGAUUCACAGAACACUCAAAAUUUACUGCUUGGUUUUACAGCUGUAUAUCGCUUUUACCAUUACCCCGAUAGUUCACGCCUCCGACUCAGUCAGAUUUUGGUGUUGCCCCCUUACCAGCACAAGGGGUACGGCAGUUACCUUGUGGAGUUUCUCAGUAAUGUUGCAAUAUCAGAAGAUGUUUAUGACUUGACAGUUGAAGAGCCUCUAGAUUACUUCCAACAUGUGCGAACCUGUGUUGACAUGAAACAUCUUCUUGCUUUUGAUUCAGUCCAGGAAGCAGUUAAAUCAGCUGUUUUGCAACUGGAGCGAGGAAAAUUAUCGAAGAAAAGCCAUACGCCUCGCUUCAUGCCACCUCCUGACAUAGUUGAUAGUGUCAGGAAAUCCUUGAAAAUCAACAAGAAACAGUUUCUCCAGUGCUGGGAGAUUUUGAUAUAUCUUGGCCUUGACCCUGUAGACAAGUACAUGGAGGAUUAUUUGACAAUUAUUUCAAAUCGGGUGAAGGCUGAUAUCCUAGGGAAAGACUCUGAGACUGCUGGAAAGCAAGUGGUUCAAGUCCCUAGUGUUCAUGAUGAAGAGGCGUCAUUUGUCAUGUUUAGGUCAGGGAAUGCUGUAGUUACUGGUGUUCAGAUGGACAAAGAUCAAACAAAAACCCAAGAAGAGCAGGUCCAGCAGCUCGUGGAUGAUAGAAUCAAAGAGAUCAAGCUAAUUGCAAAGAAAGUGUCCCAACAACAUGCUUGAAUUGUCGCUAUUCAUGCAAAUCGCCAAAGGUGCACGCUUGAAGAUACAUAGUGAGAUGGUACUUUCGUCUGUGUCUUGGGCGGGGCUUGUCUGUAGUGAUCAUACUUCAUGUUGAGCAUGUGAAACUGAUCUUAUAAUUUAAAAUCAUGGCAUCAGACUCAAAAUUUCCUGUUUCUCUAUCUUUUCAUUAUACUCAAAGUAACGUGGGUGUCAGUUCAGUUUGGUUAUGGGAAUUAAAAUAUUUCCAGUUUU